AUAAAAUAAAAGGAAGAUUAACAUUGAAAGAAAAAUUACUCCUUUUAAAACCACUGAUGAAAUACAUGAUACCUCUGUGUUUAGUGUACAUCGCUGAAUACUUUAUUAAUCAGGGAUUAUAUGAACUUCUGUAUUUUAAUCACAUUUGGCUCUCUGAGAAAGAACAGUAUAGAUGGUAUCAAGUGGACUACCAGUUAGGCGUGUUCAUCUCCAGGUCAUCUGUCAAUGUGUUCAAAAUCAACAAACUGUGGACUCUUCCAGUGUUACAGUGUGUUAAUGUUGCAAUACUCACAGCCCAAGUCUUUCUGCGGUUCAUCCCCAAUAUCUGGAUCAUCUUCGCCCUUGUCCUGUUUGAGGGACUUUUGGGGGGAGCCGCCUUUGUCAAUACGUUCUACAAGAUCUCAGAGGAUAUUGAGGCAGAAUUCAAGGAAUUUAGCCUGGCAGCUGCUACUAUUGCUGACUCCGUGGGAAUUUCUAUCGCUGGUGCGAUCUCCAUUCCAGCUCACAACCAUAUAUGUUCACUCAAUCUGAAAAUGUGAAUGUCUCCUGUAUAUUGUAUAAAAAUGAUGACUGUAUGGACAUUCUCCAACACUUUGUUAGUGCUAACCAUAAUUAAUUUCUUUAUACUUAAAAGACAACAAGUAUUUUAAUUUGAUGGCAUAUAAUUUUGAUGGAAUGUCAUGAUAAGUCUGCCCUCCUUUCCUCUCUUCUAUACCAUGAAAGGGAUACUACAUGCACUAAUACAUGCUGGAAUUUUAAAUCUUUUAGAAAUAGUCUGUGAUGAAAUGUCAAUAUUUCUCUUAAAUUUAAAGGUUAAGUUGCUAUGAAUAUUCAAAAGCUUGUGUGUGUGUUGCUAAAAUGUAUGAUAUAAUUUUGAAUGAUGAUCAUUUGUUAAAUGGAUAUUUAAUUUUGAAUUAUUUAUGCAGCAUGUAAGCUCCAAAUGCGAAGUACAUAAUAUUUGACUCUAUAUUAAGAAAGAUAACUCUUUGCAGAAUAAAUGACUAAUUUAUAGAGAAUGUUUUAACAUUGAUAUGUGCAAUUAACUGUGUACAGAAUUUAACUUCGUCUAAAAUUGUCAGAAUAAAACGUUUACUGUACAUUCAAAUGGAUUAUUAAAUCCAACAUGUUCAUCAAAUUUAGGUAGCAAGGUCUUGUAUUUUUGAGAAUAGAAAAUUUAGUUAUAAAAUUAUCAUAUAUUGUUUGAUAUUUUCUUGUUCUGACUUAAUAAUAAACUCUGUUUUUUAUUCUUAGUUCACCGCAAAUUCCUUUUUUCUAAAAAGUAAAUUUUUACGUUGUUAAUAUACAAAACAUGUAAAUGUAAUACAUGUGUACAUGUGAAAAUGUGCACUUGUAAAAAAUUAUGUGCAAAAACUAUUGUGUAUUGAAUUAAAUUAUACAUGUGUAUUAAUGUUCAUGCUUAAUUUAUUUCUAUAAAAAGUGCC